UCCCCUUCCCUCUGCUUCUCCCCCUGCUCAUAUUCUCUCUCUAUCUCUGUAUCUCGAAUGAAUAAAUAAAAAAAACUUAAAAUGAGAAAAAGAUUAAUUUUAUUUUACCUACAUUUAUUCCAUUUCUAGCACUCUUUGUGUGAACGCAAGUUUCUGUCUGAUAACCAUAUUCCUUCUGUCUGAAGAACUUCCUUCAGCUUUUUUUAAUUGACUAAGUUUGCUAGCCCUUAAUUCCCUCAGUUUUUCUCUGAGAAAAGUCUUUAUUUCCUCUUCAUUAAAAAAAUAUAUUUUCUGUAGGUUAACAGUUUUUUUUUUUUCUUUUAGUGCUUUAGGCACUUCAUUGAUGUUGGUUUGUAUCAUUUCUGACUAGAAGUUAACUAAUUAUCUUUGUUCCUCUGUAUGUCUUUUAUUCUCUGGCUGUCUUUAAGAUUUUCUCUUUGUGUUUUUAAAAAUAUGGUAUGCUAAGGUGUUCUUUAUUUGUCUGGCAUUUAUCCAUGGUGGUCUCUGAGCUUCUCUGUGGUUUCCUGUCAGUCAUUACUUUUGGGAAAUUUUUGGGAUUAUUUCUUCCUAUUGCAUGCUCCUCUUCCUGGGAUUCUAAUUAUGGGUGGGUUAGAUUAUUUGAUAUUGUCCAGCAGCUCUUGGAUGUCUUAUUUUGUUUCCCAUCCCCUGUUGUUUUUCCUUUGUAUUUAAGUUGGGUAGUUUCUACUGACUUACCCAAUUCUCUUCUUUGGCUGUGUUGAGUCUACUGAUGAGCUAGGUGAAGACAUUUCUCAUCUCUGGUAUUGUGUUUUGCGUUUCUGACAUUUUCACUUGAUUUUUUAAAAGAUUUUAUUUAUCUGUCAGCACAAGCAGGGGGAGUGGCAGGCAGAAAGAGAAGCAGGUUCCCUGCUGAGCAGGGAGCCCAAUGUGUGGGACUCCAUCUCAGGACCCUGGGAUCAUGACCUGAGCCAAAGGCAGAUGCUUAACCAACUGAGCCACCCAGGCAUCCCUCACUUGAUUUUUUUUUUUUAAUAGUUUCUAUCUCUUUGUAGAAAUUACUUAUCUUGCAUAUUAUUCAUCUUUUCCAUCAGAGUCUUUAACAUAUUAAUCAUAAUUAUUUUGAAUUCCCUGUCCCAACAUCUGGAUCACAUUUGUGUGUUCUGAUGUUUUCACGUACUUCAAUUUUUUUUUCAAACCCAACCUAGUGUAGGAUAUAGCAGACACUGAGGUAUAUAAAAUUUGUAUCUGGAAAUGGAAAUACCUUUCCUCUUGCUAGGCCUUUAAUGGAGGUAAGGGAUGAGUUAAUCUAGUUGGGGUUUGGUCUUGGUUUGGUUGAUACCACAGGUAUCAACUUCUGUAGUCCUACCUGGGGUGUAGAGCAGGUGCUCGUUUGCCAAGCAAUGUCUGCCUUCAGCUUUAGAACUUCUCUCUGCAUUGCACCCAAGAGGAGGUCUCUGCAUGCUCUUUUUCUCCUGCUCCUGUCCCUCUCCCACCGAUACUCCACUUUGACUUGUUUCUAGAAGUUUGUUAGCUUGGGAGGUGGGUGGUAGAGUGUUCCUGGUUCUGGUUAGGCCUCAGGUUUAGGCAGAUGUCAUGUCCCUGCAUCUCAGGAGGGUAGCCUUCUCAUUUUUCCUGCUCCUUCUCCCUUGUAGUUCUGGAGCCAGCAAAUAUUCCUGCCCACCCCCCGGCAUAGAUUUUCUUUUUCACAUUCCCUUCCCCUACAGAUUAAAUAUUACGCUUUUUAAGGGGAAAGCAUCCCAGUGGAUUCAUGCCCGUACACCUUUGGUUGUUGUACCCUCUCCCAGGUCUGCACCAUAACACUUCUCUUGGGGCUCUUUCUGAUCUCUUCUAUGAGUUUACAGAGAAAAACCUAUAAGAGGGCACAAACUCCCAAUUUCUUUGGUCCUCUAGUAGCUCACUAGCCCACCUCUGGCCUUCACCAACUCAUUAACCAUCCUAACUGAACUAUUACAAGUGUCUUGUUGCAUCUACCCCAGGUAAGAGACCCUACUCUGCUUAUCCUUUUGGUGCCUACCUCUCCUUAGAUUCUUGGCCAGUAGGUUGUCCUGGGACUACAGUUCUCUGAUUGGUUUAGCAAUAUUGUAGAUUGUAGUUUAUCUACAUCUAAAAUAGAUGUAUUUUUUUUUUAAAUACUUACCUACAUCCCCUAGUGGAAGUCAGAUGUCUUUGUAUUUCUACUAUAUUUGCAGCUAUUACUAAACCAUAUAUAAAAGAAUAUAAAUGGUAUGCUGCAUGUGUUCUUACGCAGUUUUGCUUUCCAUUCAACAUCGUAUUUGUGGAGUUCAGAAACAAAGGACAGAUUAUUACAGCAAUAGCAAUAUCCAGAGGAUCAUCAUUUGUACUGCUUCCCCUUGCCCCCAAGUCCCAUGGGUGGACUGAGGUAGAUGCCUGCAUAUGGAGUGGGUUGCAUUAUAGGAGAGGGACCUGAGGUUAGGAAACCUGGAACUGUUACAGUGGGCAGUAGCAUACCCUGCUUUAAGGGAGGUAUUGCCUUUAUUAUAAUAGAAAAGAUGCAUGACUUCCCUUGGUUCCAAAGGAAGGCAUUAUAUCUUUUUUUUUUUUUUUAAGAUUUUAUUUAUUUAUUUGACAGAGACAGCGAGAGCAGGAACACGAGCAGGGGGAGUGGGAGAAGGAGAAGCGGGCUUCCCGUUGAGCAGGGAGCCCGAUGCGGGGCUCGAUCCCAGGACUGGGAUCAUGACCUGGGCCGAAGGCAGACGCUUAACAGCUGAGCCACCCAGGCGCCCAGGAAGACAUUAUAUGUACAAGCCAGAGUUGAUCAGCGUUGCCACUGUGGACAUUUGGGUUUGGAUACUUCUUAGUUGCGGGGACCCGCCCUGGGCAUUAUAGGGUGUUUAGUAGCAUUCCUGGCCUUUGCCCACUGCAUGCCAGUAGUACCUCUUCUCCCAGUUGUGUCCACUAAAGUCUCUAGACAUUGUCAAAUAUCUUCAGUGGGCAAAAAUGCCCCGAUUUGAGAACUACUAUGGUAAGCAAACUUACCCUUGUCUCCAAAGGGAGUCAUUAUCUUGCAAAGUUCGCUCUACAAUCUUUAAAAGAUAGUCUAGAACAAAGAGCAGUCAUUGCCUCCUUUUGCAAGAUUUGUGGAAAUGCAUGUUAUCCAUGGACCAUUGUCUCCCAACAUUGGUUUUAACUUAAUUGCAUUGUGGUUAGAGGAAUGCUGUGUAUGCCAUUGAUUCUUUGAUGAGACUUGUUCAUGGCCCAUCUGUGGUUGGUUUUUGUAAUUGUCUUAAAUGUGCGUGAAGACAGUGUAUUUUCUCUAACUGUUAGGUGCAGAGUUUGGUAUGUGUUGAUUAGCAGAUCAUGACAUUUCCAUACAGAUCUUUUAUGUCUGUAUAACUUUUGUCUGAGCUGCUAAUUACUAAGAGAGGUAUAUAAGGCCUUUCUGUUGGCGAAUUUGUCCAUUUUCCCUUGUAAUUGCUAAUUUUGUAUUAUAUAUUUUGAGGCUAUAUUAUUAGGUACAUCCUCCAAUUUGAGAGCAAGAACACUGUAAUUUACUUCUAGGUAUUUAUGAGCUCUUUCCCAUCUUGGGCUUCUGCCUCCCCCAACUUGGGUAGCUACUGGUCCUGUCCUGCUCUUUUUAUUUUUUCCUUAAAUUUUUUUGUAUUCCCUAUUUUCCCCAUUUGUUGCUUUGUGAGUUAUAUUCGAAUUAUAUUCUUUAGGUGGUUUCCUUUAAAAUCUUAAUACACAGGACACGAGCCAUGGAGAAGAUGCUGCCCCCAGGCUGCAGCAAGCCACACCUGGAGAAGCUGACCCUGGGGAUCACCCGCAUCCUAGAAUCUUCCCCAGGUGUGACAGAGGUGACUAUCAUAGAGAAACCACCUGCUGAACAUCAUAUGAUUUCUUCAUGGGAACAAAAAAAUAACUGCAUGCUACCUGAGGAUGUGAAGAAUUUUUACCUGAUGACCAAUGGCUUCCACAUGACAUGGAGUGUGAAGCUGGAUGAGCACACCAUUCCAUUGGGCAGCAUGGCGAUUAACAGCAUCGCAAAACUGACUCAACUCAACCAGUCUUCCGUGUAUUCACUCCCAAAUGCACCAACGCUGGCAGACCUGGAGGAUGAUGCACUUGAGGCCAGUGAGAACCAGCCAGAGAAGCCUCACUUUGAUUCUCGCAGUGUGAUAUUUGAGCUGGAUCCUUGCAAUGGGAAUGGGAAGGUUUGCGUUGUCUACAAAAGAGGGAAACCAGCGUUAGCGCAAGACGCCGAGAUCUGGUUCCUGGACAGAGCGUUAUACUGGCAUUUCCUCACCGAUUCCUUCACUGCUUACUGUCGCCUGCUCAUCACGCACCUGGGCCUGCCGCAGUGGCAAUACGCCUUCACCAGCUACGGCAUCAGCCCAGAGGCCAAGCAGUGGUUCAACAUCACCUACAACACAGACCUACUUGCAGAAGAGACCAACUGCUUCGUGAACAAGCUGGAUCCCAGCAGAGUGUUCAAGAGCAAGAACAAGACCUUAAUCCCCCAAAAGAAAGGGCCAGUCCAGCCUGCAGCUGGCCAGAAAGGGCCCCCGGGUCCUCCCUCCACCUCUAAAUCCUCUUCUAGCCCUGGAAACCCUGUCCAGAAAUGAGCACCCCUACCUCCCCACCAGCCCUACAGCAACGAUUUCCAUGCACAGAUGGCCCAAGCCUCAGAUUCUGUGAGUGGCACCAUAGGCCUCUUCCCAUCUGCGUGAGCCAAAUCCUAGGCCUUUUACUCCCGUUGGCAUUAGCCAGGAGUUCAAGGGCAUACUCAGGUCUCCCCUAGAGUCCUUUCCUCAGCCCUUGCCUCUGAAAGCUGUGGAGAGUUUCAGAACUUGUUUAAGUAGUUAAAUAGAGCUGCUAAGAGCUUCCUCUCUUUCCACCCCCAACCAUCUACACCCCUCAGCAGUGAUCAGAGAAAUCCCCCGAAGAAACCACUGAUUUUGACCCAUGAGGCAUUAGAACUGUGCUGUUCAGUUGGUAAUCACUAGCCACAGGUGGCUGUAUAAAUUAAAAACUCAGUUCGUCAAUUGCAUUAGCCACAUUGUGAGUAUUCAUGUGGCUAAUAGCUUCUGUAUUCAACAACAGAGAUAAUGGAACAUUUCCAUCAUCACAGAAAGUUCUGUUGGGCAGCACUGCAUUAGAAUAUUUUCAUGCUGCCCUUACUCAGAUCAGUUCAUUUUUGUUAGAGAAUGUGGAUACCUUAAUUUGAUGGGUCAUAAUGUUCCAUGGAAAUUCUUGAAGGUACAAUUGUGUAUGUUCUUUUUAUUUUUCAUAAUUCUCACUGGUCCUUUUCAGUUUCCUAUAAAAUUUGUUGUUUCCAAAAAAAAUUUAAAAUAAUAAAUAAAUAAAUAAAAUCUUAAUACACAUACUUAAAAUCCCAUAUUUAUCCCUAAAUCGACUCCUGGGGCGCCUGGGUGGCUCAGUCAGUUAAGCAUCUGCCUUCAGCUCAGGUCAUGAUCCCAGGGUCCUGGGAUUGAGCCCCGAGUUGUCAUCAUCAUCAUCAACGUCAGGCUCUGUGCUCAGUGGGGAGCCUAUUUCUCCCUCUCCCUCUGCUUGUGUCUCUCUGUCAAAUAAAUAAAUAUUAAAAAAAAAAAAAAUCUCGGGGCACCUGGGCGGCUCAGCCAUUAAGCGUCUGCCUUCGGCUCAGGUCAUGAUCCCAGGGUCCUGGCAUCGAGCCCCACAUCGGGCUCCCUGCUCGGCGGGGGGUCUGCUUCUCUCUCUCCCACUCCUCCUGCUUGUGUUCCUGCUUUCGCUAACUCUCUGUCAAAUAAAUAAAAUCUUUUAAUAAAUAAAUAAAUAAAUAAAUAAUUUUUAAAAAUCUCUCCUCUCAAUAAUACAAGCAGCUUGGAAUGCUUUAACUCCAGCCACGGCUCCUCUUCUUAUGUUCUUUUCAGCUAAUAUUUUUGUUUUGUUGAUUCCCUCAUGCAAACACUAUUGAUAUAUUAUUGUUUUAUACAGUGUUUGUUUAAAUUCACCCACUUUUUUUUUUUUGCCAGUGAUUCUGCAUCUCAUUCCUUCCUUGUGUGAUCAUUUUCCUUCCAAGUAAUUCCUUUAGUCAACAAUUCUCCGUUGACAGUUGAUUUUUUUUCUCAGUAUUUUGAAGAUAAUAGCUCUGGCUUCCAUUGUUGCUAAUGAGAGCCCUGCUAUUGGUCCAGUUUCCAAUCAUCAUUCUUUUAUAAGUAAUUGGUCUUUUUUCUUUGGCUAUUCUUUUUUUUUUUUAAGAUUUUAUUUAUUUAUUUGACAGAGACACAGUGAGAGAGGGAACACAAGCAGGGGGGAAUGGGAGAGGGAGAAGCGAGCCUCCUGCUGAGCAGGGAGCCCGAUGCGGGACUCGAUCCCAGAACCCUGGGAUCAUGACCCGAGCCAAAGGCAGACAACAACUGAGCCACCCAGGUGCCCUCUUUGGCUGUUCUUAAGAUCUCCUUUAUGUCUUGGAUUUACUCAACUUUACUAAAACACAUUUGUAUGUAGAUUGGGGGCCUUGUUGUGACCUUUAAACCUAUAAAACCACAUUUUUCAUCAAUUUGAGAGGAUUUUAAGCUAUUAUUUUGAAAUAUGCAAGCUGUGUUGCAUUCUAAACAUUAAAAAAGUAAGUAAAUAAAUCAUGACAGCAGUUUGGUGGGGAGAGGUGGGUUGUGUCUGCAGUGUCUUUCUACAGAGUAGAAGGCCUUCCUGAAUCUGCUGUGAGUUGUUACAAAUACCAUCUAGAGGUAAACCAGACACUGGGAGGCAUGCAGGGAAGCAGAAAUGGGAACGAUGGGAAUAUUCCCAGGAAGAAGUUAAGGCUAAAAGGAGAAACCUUACUCCAUGAAUGUUUUCUCCAACAGCCAAUAGAUCCUCUCACUCCAGCUAUAUUUAACUGGAAAGAUCAGGCUGUGUGUGUCUCCCUUGUACUGCCAUAGCAUAGUGUUCUUCCCAGAGAAUAGCACAGCACAUGGAAUUGUCAUGGCCUGGUUUUUUUGUUUUGUUUUUGUCUUUAAGUUAAAAUGUGAGCUAGACUGUGAACACCACAGGGACUGUGCCAGGUUUGUUAAAAUCGUAUCCCUAGCACCCAGACUAAUGGCUGGUGUGUAGUAGAUGCUCAACAAAAAUGCACUGCAUCAGAGGUGCCUGGGUGGCUCAGUGGUUAAGUGUCUGCCUUUGGCUCAGGUCAUGAUCCCAGGGUCCUGGGAUCAAGCCCCACAUCGGGCUCCCUGCUCGGUGGGAAGCCUGCCUCUCCCUCCCCUCCUGCUCCCCCUGCUUGUGUCCCCACUCUCGCUGUCUCUUUCUCUGUCAAAUAAAUAAAACCAUAAACAAAACGCAUUGCAUCAGAGAAUGAAUAAUAUGGAGGCAGAUGUAUUGAAUAUCUAAGUCACCUUUUCUGUUAGUUCUGAUUUCACUAACAAGUUAAAACAUUGAUCUUAUAUGGAAGUUUUUAAAACUACCGUAAGGGCCUCUGGGUGGCUCAGUUGGUUGAGUGACUGCCUUCGGCUUAGGUCAUGAUCCCGGAGUCCCGGGAUUGAGUCCCACAUCGGGCUCCCCCCACCCUCAGUGGGGAGUCUGCUUCUCCCUCUGACCCUACCCCCCUCUUGUGCUCUCUCACUUUCUCUCUCAAAAUAAAUAAAAUCUUUUAAAAAAAUAAUAAAACUACCGUAAGCAGGGUGCCUAGGUGGCUCAGAUGGUUAAACGUCUGCCUCUGGCUGGGGUCAUGAUCUCUGGGUCCUGGGAUGGGGGCCCCCAGUGGGGGUGGGAUGUCUGCUUCUGCCUUUCUCCCUGCUCAUGCUCUCUGUCUCAAAUGAAUAAAAUCUUUUUUUUUUUUUUUAAGAUUUUAUUUAUUUGACAGAGCCAGAGUUAGCGAGAGCAGGAACACGAAGCAGCGGGAGUGGGAGUGGGAGAGGGAGAGCAGGCUUCCCGCCGAGGAGGGAGCCCGAUGUGGGACUCGAUCCCAGGACCCUGGGAUCAUGACCUGAGCCGAAGGCAGGCGCUUAAUGACUGAGCCACCCAGGCGCCUGAAUAAAUAAAAUCUUAAAAACAAAACGAAACUGUAAGCAUUUCAUAAAAUAAAAUUUUAACACUGUAAAAGGUGACACAUGAUAAGAUACUAUUUCCUUUUAUGAAAAACUUCCUACAUUCUUUUAAAAAUCUCAUUUCCCGGGGCACCUGGGUGGCUCAGUCGGUUAAUAGUCUGCCUUUGGCUCAGGUCAUGAUCAAGGGGUCCUGGGAUCGAGCCCCGCAUCAGGCUCCCUGCUUGGCAGGAAGCCUGCUUCUCCCUCUCCCACUCCCCCUGCUUGUGUUCCCUCUCUCGCUGUGUCUCUUUCAAAUAAAUAAAUAAAAUCUUUAAAAAAUAAAAUAAAAAAAUAAAUAAAAAUCUCAUUUCCCACCUGAUCAGUGAAAGUAUCAUUGACUGGCUCCUUAUUCACAGAAGGACUAUUGCAACCCUAUUCAUACAGAAAAGAAAGUAUAAAGUAGAGGUGUCCCUAGCUCAAUAGGCUUUAUGGGAAAUAAAACGCACAUGAUGGAUAGCCAAGCGUUACACUGUAUGGUGUUGACUAUUCCUUGGCAGAAGAACGGAAAGAUAAGUGUGCUUGGAACCCGUGGGGAUGGAUGAACCUUGAUCUGGUGUGGAAUUCUGUACUGUUUACCAAGGGUAUUUAGACAAACUGCCCGAUUGAGUUCUCACAACUCCUGAGAUACUACUCCUAUCUUACAGGUGCAGAAAGGGGUUUGAAGAGAUUCACCUUUGUUGAGGGUGAUUUGCCCAAGGUGACACACACAGCCCUAAUGAUUGGUCCAGCGCAGAGUGUGAGAUCUCGAACUCAGACUCUUCCAAUUUAGGGCUCAAUCUACAUCCCACUACCUUCCUGGGAGAUUGGGGAACGAAACGUCAGCAGAGAAAGGUGCACACUCGGACUACUGUAACAUCGCAGUAGGAUGAGUUCGGACAAAUGUGGACCAAAUUAUCCCACCGUACCUUUUUGUCCAAGGUCCUGAG